AUAGUUUUGAGCCUUCUUCUGCCCCCUGCCAUCUUGCUACUGGAGUUUAAAAGCAAAGCUGAAAUGUGCCAUGUUCCACAAUUCCAUGAGGCAAUGCUGUUUGGACUGGACUCUGUGAAGUCAGGACCAACCCCUGAGGGAGCUAAUCACGCGGUCAGUCAGGAUGCAGAGCGAGGCCUGUCUUUCCAUGACAAAUGUCUUAGUCCCGUGUCAGAAACUGUAUCUUCUAUGACCAUGCAUUGUCUGUCCUGGGUCAAAAGAAUCUAUGAAUUCUACACAGCUCCUGUUGUCAAGUUCUGGUUUCACACAAUGUCCUACUUGGCCUUUCUGAUGUUAUUUUCGUACGUUGUACUAGUGGAGAUGGGGGAUCAACCCAGUGUUCAGGAGUGGCUGGUCAUAGCUUACAUCUUGUCCACUGCAGUGGAGAAAACCAGAGAGGUACUAAUGUCCGAGCCGAGGAAGCUGAGCCAGAAGCUGAAGAUUUGGUUUUCAGAGUACUGGAAUGUAUCAGAUUUCAUAGCCGUCCUACUCUUCCUGGCUGGACUGGCAAUGCGUUGGUUUGCUAAUCCAUACCGGACGGCAGGACGCAUCAGUUACUGUCUGGACAUCAUCUUCUGGUUCGUCAGGGUGAUGGAUCUGCUAGCUGUCAAUCAGCAUGCUGGCCCUUACCUCACCAUGAUCACUAAAAUGACCAGUAACAUGUUCUUCAUAGUGGUGAUGAUGGCAAUAGUGCUGCUGAGCUUUGGUGUGUCCAGGAAGGCCAUCCUUUCACCAAAUGAGGAGCCGUCCUGGAGCCUAGCUCGAGACGUAGUCUUCCAGCCCUACUGGAUGAUCUUUGGAGAGGUCUAUGCAUCAGAGAUAUAUG